CGUCUUCUGCCGUGACGUCACACGUAAAACAUGGCAGUUCCCUUGCACCGGUUACACCACGUUUCUCUCCACGUUUCCAAUGGGCAGAAACUAGCGUUGGACCUCGUCUCCAAGUUUGGGUUUAACGUGUUUGCCAGCACGCUGACCGGUGAGUCCAGACAGGUGGCUUUCAGGAAGGGAGCGGUGGUUUUCGUGGUGAAUGAAGGACCCCCCCUGGGCACGGUGGGGCUGAAUGAAGGGCAACAUGUCAUCCACAGACACGCUACUGCCUCACACCGAGUGGACAUAAACAAGGAGCGUAAGUCCACUUCGUGUCUUUACGACGUGCAGCCGCAUCACCCGGUGGACUCUGUCGCUAACGUGUGCUUCGAGGUGGAGGAUGUGGAGAGGUCGUUCAAGGUGCUCCGCCAUCUGGGCUGCGACUUCCUGGUUCCUCCCACCUCGGUGGAGGACCAGAACGGGCUAGUCACCUACUCGGUGGUCAAAUCCAUUGUGGGAAACGUGUGCCACACUCUGAUCGACAAGUCUAAAUAUGGAGGGGUGUUUCUGCCCGGGUUCAAAGUCGCUGAAAAGCACUGGGAUUUGGAAAAGGAGGACCCGACUUGUCCGGUCACACAUCUUGACCACAUCACCUACGCCUGCCCCAGGAAGUCCACCCAGCAGGUCAUGCAGUGGUACGAGAAGCUCUUUGGUUUACAGCGGUUCUUCAUUGACAGAAAUGAAGAUGUGGAUGAAGGUUUUGUAGUGAACCAGGAGGGCGUUGGAUUACGACUAACCGCCAUGCAGUAUAGGAAAUGCAGCAAAGCGGGCAUCACUCUACCGUUUGCAGACAAGACGGAGCCUGACUGCAAGUUUGUCAUUGCAGAGUCACUACCUCACCAGGGUCGCAACCAGGUCGACACCUUCUUGGAGCAGCAUGGAUCCGCAGGGAUUCAACACAUCGGCCUGUACACUAAAAACAUAGUCUCUACUGCUAAUGCUCUGGCAGAAGCUGGUGUCCAGUUUUUCUCCCCUCCUCCUGCUUACUACACAGAGGUGGGGAAGCAGCAGGAAAUAGAAGAAGCGGGACAUGACCCCCAGGUGUUGUCGCAGCAUGGCAUUCUUCUGGAUACAGACCUGCAUCAGGACCACUCAUCGCUGAGAGAACGCAACAAAAACAAAAGGUAUCUACUCCAGGUGUUUACCAAGCCCAUAUUUGCUGAGGACACCUUCUUCCUGGAGCUGAUAGAGCGAAGAGGAGCGGCAGGUUUUGGAGAGGGGAACAUCCGGGCGCUGUGGAGGUCUGUGCAGGCGUACAUGGAGAACGAAAGGAGGGAUUCCCACACAGACGGAUCUGACAAAUCUGUGCAGUCUGCUCAAUAACAGCCACUCCAAACUAUUACUUUGGUUUAAUUUAUUGCAGAUAUGUGUACAUAACUGUUAUUGCAAACUAUAAGUUAAUGUAAAAAUAAACACAGAUUUACUUGUUGCACUAUUCUUAAUGUAAAAUUGGCUGUAGACUGAUUUAAAAGGUGCUACGCAACAGAUGUUUAAGACAAUCUUGGAAAAUGUUACAAUAAAAACUGACUGGUGCUGUUAAAAGUGAAGCAAAUGACUUGAAAACAACUGUUACCCAGUAAAUCUGCUUUACACGCUCUGUGUGAGUCAAACAUUUAUAGAAAAACGUCUGAAAUUGUUUUACUUUUUUACAUAAACUAACUCUGAGCUCAUUUGUUUAACUGCGUGCAAACAAAGCUUAUCCACACCUGA